UCUGUUUCUAUCCACUCAGAUUACCUAAUGGCGGAUGUUUCGGUGCCUCAGCCGAGCUACCUUGGAGGAAUAAUCAAGGUUGAAAUGGUGGACGACCCAGACGAAAAAGAUCCGAUGGAUGACUAUGCUCUCUCGCUGUGCCCCUCGAUGGAAGUGUGGCCUCCAAACCUGCAUCCAGAGGGCUGUGGAAAGGAACCUGGAGCAGCGGGAGCAGCCCAAAAGACUUUAGGCCCCCGAUCUAUCCAAAACUCAUGGUUCUCUCAAUUCCCGUGGCUGGAGGCCGACAAAGGGCAGACCACACUCUACUGCGUGGUGUGCAAGGAGAAGCCGCCCGCUCACGGCCCGGUGUCCAGACUAGUAACGGGAUACACCGGGCCGUUCAAAGUGGAGACUCUGAAGCACCACGACAAGAGCAACGCCCACAACCUUUGCGUCCGAGCGCUGACGGCUAAGGAGGACCCGGAUGGCGCUCCGGCGGCCGAGCGCUUGACCAAGAUGUCCAGCUACGUGCUGAAGAACAUGGAGCACCUUUUCAGCGCCGCUUACGACAUCGCUUACCACUCGAAGCCGCUGAACGAUUACGAGAAAGCGCUGGACCUCCUGCAAGUCAUGGGAGCCCCCAUCAUCCCCAGGUACAGGAACAGGGUCGCAUGCACCCUCUUCAUAAGGUGCAUCGCGGACACGCUGCGGAAGGAGAUACUUGACAGCAUCUGCCGGUCGCCCUGCACCAGCCUCCUCUUGGACGGCUUCACGGAUUCGUCCGACCAGCCCUGCCUGGCAAUUUACAUCCGCUACCUAAAGAGGGCGGAAGUGAAGGAAUCAUACCUUUGCUUGGCGUCUUUGCCCGGCGAAACGGCCGACGCCUGCUUUGCCGCCGCCGUUUUAGCCAUGGACGAGCUGCGGAUCCCAUUCAGGAAACCCGGGUGGGUCGUGGGCCUUGCGACGGGCGGCGCGGCCAGCAUAGUGGGCUGCAAAAGUGCCCUCGUCGCCAAGUUCCAAGAGGCGAUCCCUCGCCUGUCGCCGGCUCACUGUGUCACCCACAAGCUGCAGCAUGCGGCCAUCGGCGCCUGCUACAGGGAUGUUGACUUUGUGAAGGACUGCUGA